GUCAAUAAUAAACAUUGAAGUUUUAAUGCGAGGCAGAGGGUUGACCUAAGCCUAGACUACCUAGCCCAUUUUUCAAAUAAUAAUAAUACUACAUACUGCCUUAUUUUAUAUUUAAGAUGGGCUCACGUCACACAAGUGGUCGUGAAAGGGAUCCAGAGGAUGUGAACGAAGGAACAUUUCAUGGCAAUGACGACUCUGAUGAUGAUUACCAAGAUUACGCUGCAGUGCUGGCGUAUUUGCUCCGCAGUGGGACUGUUCGGUUUACCUCAUCUCGUAAUCAGUUUGAAAGUGAUACCGAUAGUGAUUCAAUUUUUACAGCAUGUGUUCCCGAAGCUGAUCAGAAUCCAGACACAUCCAAAAUAGAUGAGAGUGACUUAAAACAAGAAUUUCUCCAUUUCAACUGUUGCAAACACAAUGAGAAACCUUAUGCAAGAAGACCGAUACCAAAAAUGCUUGUAAAGAGGAUGCAUAGUAGCCAAGGAGGAUUUACUCAAGCUGACCGCUGUGAAAUCAUUUCAAGUUUUUUACCAAACCAUAUGGAGGUAUUGAAAUCAUUUCAGUCCAAGGUGUUUUGUGGUACGUAUUCCAAGGACGGGACAGUGUUCAUGUCAGCUUGUCAAGACAAAUUUAUUCGGCUAUAUGAUACCACAUACGGACAAUUCAAACAGAUCCGGUGUAUACCCGCAAGGGACAUUGGAUGGAGUAUAAUAGACACAGCUUUCAGUCCAGAUGGGUGCUAUUUGAUUUACUCCAGUUGGUCUGAUAAAAUUCAUCUUUGUAACAUCUAUGGUGACUAUGAAACCCACACUGCGUUGGAUCUGCGAUCUGAAGAGCACUCACACUUCUGUGCGUUCACAGUCAAUUUUUCCAAUGAUAACAGAGAGAUUCUUGCUGGUGCUAAUGAUGGGUGCAUUUAUGUAUAUGACAGAGAAAAGAGUGAAAGAAUACUCAAAAUUGAUGCUCAUGAGGAUGAUUUAAGCGCUGUCAUCUUUGCUGAUGACUCAUCUCAUAUUAUAUAUUCGGGAGCCGAUGAUGGAAUGUGUAAGGUAUGGGACCGCCGUUGUCUGUCCGAGAUUUGCCCCAAUCCUGUUGGGGUGUUUGCGGGGCACACUGACGGCCUCACAUACGUUGAUUCUAAAGGUGAUUCAAGAUACUUGAUUACAAAUUCCAAAGAUCAGACUAUAAAGCUGUGGGAUAUGAGAAGGUUUGCUUCAAAAGAAACAAUACACCUAGCCAAGAAGGCAGUUGCACAACAAAACUGGGACUACCGGUUCCAACGAGUGCCAAGACGAUCCAAUAGGAAGAAGAAUUUAAAAGAUGAUCCCUCCUUGAUGACAUACAAAGGUCACGCUGUGUUGCAAACAUUAGUUCGUUGCUAUUUCUCACCUGCUUUUACUACUGGACAGCGAUAUAUCUACACCGGAUGUGCGUCUGGAGCUGUUGUCAUAUAUGAUGUGCUGACUGGUAAAGUUGUGUCCAAGUUGAAAGGACAUGAAGCAUGUGUAAGGGAUAUUUCCUGGCAUCCAUUUGAUAACAACAUCAUCAGUACAUCAUGGGAUGCUACACAUGGAUUUUGGGAAUAUCGAGGGCAAAAACCUUAUGAUAGAGAUGUACGUGAACGAGAACUUGGUGAUAGCGACUCAGAUGACGAUAGUAAUGAUGAAGACAAUGACAACCAGAAGAAAGGGACUGUGAAAAAGAGACGCUUACAUCGAUUAAAUUAUUGCAGACCAAGCUUUCGGUAAAAGCUGUCUGCAAGAUAAACUGUGUCUACCUCAUAGGGCAUAUACAGUAUACUAGUGCAAGACCAUUACCGUCGUUCCUGGGGUAUAAACCUACCUCUGGUAUGAUCCCACCCCUUACUUUACACCCAAUUUCAAGUACCAGUCUUCCUUCUGGAAAAAUUCCAGGGUGUGUUUUGAAAUAAGAGCUCAACUGACAAAUAUUUUGAAAGAAAAAAAAAAAUCAGUUUUGCCUUGAAUUAGGCAUGCAGUAAUGAAAUAUUGCUUUUUGAUUAGUGUUUUAAAAUUUCAAUUUUUAUUAGUAAUUUUUUUUUUGUGAAAGGCGAUCCUCAGCUAUAAGCCCGCACCAAAACAACCUGCCAAAUUUUGUUUUCAAGGGGGUGUUUGGGGUAUGCUUAUACCAGAAGAUCUAUGGUAGUUACAACACAUGCAGGCUGUCAAAAUUAAAUCAUGCACCUAGCCUAGGGUAAUCUGAUUUGCAGUAUGAUCAUUGGUCAGUCUGUGAGAAGUUCAGCACAUACUAUAUUAAUUUGAUUUUAUGUGUUAGCACAGAUUGAAUCAUAUUGAAGUGCACAGUAGGCAUUUCUGAAGCUGUGUGUAGGCCAGUGAAGAUUUUGGAACCAGACUUUUUGAAACCAUGACAUUCGUAAUAUCUGGUUCUAUUGUUUGAUGUAUUGUAGUUAAAAUAAAUACUUGCAUAGAUUUUAGAACCUUUGGUGACAAAUUACAGUUUAAGUGUCAACAGUAUUGUGACAUUUUAAGUAAAUGUUUACAGUUUAAGUGUCAACAACAUUGCAAAUGGCAUAAGACUCAUGGAAGGAACUGCACUAAACUCUGGUGCGUGCACCUUGCACCUUAAUGUAUUUCUUUUGUUUGUAUACAAGCAAGUUUCUGGAGAGAAUCUUUACAUAAAACUGGGCAGAAAUUUUGUUGCAGCUUUUAAUCAUUGUAAAAGAAAGAAAGAUCUAGCCAGAAUACCUGCAACUUUUUUUUUUAUUGCCGUUGAUAUCAAAGCCCAGUUUCAAAAUUACCUUGUUUUUAGUUGUCUGGGUUGUGAAUUAAUGUCUGUUACCCAGUGUAUAUAUAAUCUGACACAGCCUGGGAUGUCCAUCUACACCACAUGUGGUCCAAACUGCAAAUGUGCUGUGGCCCACAAAAAUAAAAAUCUUGUUUAUCAAAGCACAUUUGAAGGUAUCAGUCAUUGUUUUUAUUCAAUUAAUUAUAUUCAGUGUUCUGAUAUUUCCAUGACAAGGACAGUGCUAUAAUAUGAAAUUAUCCCACCCAUUAUUGCAUGAGUUUGUUAAAACGUCUAUGUUAUACUGUAUGUACAUUUCCUGUGCUCAGUAACAGUAUUUUUAUCUGUAUAUGUUCAUUCAUUUACAAAUGCAGGCCUGGAUUGCUGUACUUUACCUAGCAAAAUCAUCAUCCCUUGCCUGAAUGAUAUAGUACAAACUGCUGAAUUAUUCUUUAAAGCUGCAUUAAUCCAGGCCUAGCUUAUAUGAGAAGUAGUAGUAACAAGUACCCAUAAUGUAAUAAUUUCCUAUUGGUCCUUUUGAUUUGUGUAUUCCUUUUUAUCUGGACACAAGUAAAUUUUAUGUAAUGUAGAGUAUAGGCCUACAGUUUGUAGUUAAUUAUCAGUAGCGGAUCCAUGAAUUCGAAAUAGAGGGGGCCCAGGGAGGGAUCUUCAAAGAUGGAGGGUGUAGACCACCUCAACUCCCACUAUGGUUGGGGGCUGAGGUUAAAAAACAUAUGAUUAUGGCACCACUAAAUGGCCAGAAAUAGCACUCCCAAGAUUUAAAUUUAAAUAUAAUUUUCUUUUUUUCUUCACUAUUUUAGGCACCCUCUCCUCCCCCGUUUGAGCCAACACUGUUUAUGUUAUAUGGUCUGUUUCUUUCUACAGGGUCCAUAUCACAAAUGCUGUCCAGCAAAAAAAAAUUAUAAAACCUAUUUAUACUGAUCUUUCGUAUUGCAAGGUGUUCUGUACUUAGGAACCAGUUUUUGCCAAUGGUGAAAACACCCGGGUUCUGACAUUCUGUACCCCAAACAUUUCAAAACUGCAUUUUUGAAUAUUAUUUCCCUGUAUGUUUGUUUAUUCACCAGAAUAUAAUAUUUAAGAUGAAAAAAGCAGACGUUUAUCAAGGUAUUGCUGUCAAAUUUAUAUAACACAUUUUAGAUACAAUAGUUUCUGGGCAAGAACUGCACCGAACUCGGGUGCACUUCUCUGUCGAGAAUAAUAUUUUGUUUCAGUGACGGAUCUAGGAGACUGCAAUGGGUGGGGGUCGAAGGUAAAGUGGUGGAAUCGAUGGUUAAGCGAAUGGUGCUAGAAUGCAAAAUAUGUGGAAAUGAGGUUAUACUUGAGCAUGAUUUUUUUUUGCUUCGGACAUUUUCAAGAUGGCGGUGGGGGAGCUUUCCAUCCUAUCCCUUUUUACACCAUCCAGUUUUUUCCAUUCCCCUUUUCUCCAUCCCGGGGUUCCCCCACCCCCUUUGUUUAUUAUCAUUUUCCUUGACCGUUUUUCCCCUCCUGGUACAGUAUUUUAGUGCAACACGGUUGGGUAAGUGAACAGAAUGAGGGCUGGUGUCCAGAAGCCAGAGGUCCCCGUUUUUACUCUUUGAGAGACUAAUUUGUUGGGUAUUUUUAUAAUGUAAUCUCCAUAAUUUCUUGCGAAAUCCCAAAAUAGCCAGUCAUGUCCUGAUAAACAACAACUAGCUGGUGAUUCAUGCCUUGCCCAAAGCCGGUCUGUUACUGGGUCAAAACGUUUUGGGAAAUUAAUGGUACAUGGGCUAACCCUACAUGAGAAGUGUUAGCCCACCAACUACAUGUGUUGGGUGAAACCACCCAGCUAACCGUGUAACGCCACCACUGGUGCAAUGUAUGCUUUAUGGCGUAUAAAGUCACUUUAUAUACAUAACGUAGUUACAAGUUUUUGAUUUUAUAAAUGGUUGCAUUGAAAUCGCAUCAUGUGAUUUCGAUAAAUAUUUUUAAAGAAUGUUUUUUUUUUUUUUCUUGUUUAACCCCAAUUUUUGCAACUGAAAAGUGUGCAAUUAUUUUAGAAACAAAGAUAUGUGUAAAUCCAGUAGGUUAAUAUUAGGUGUAAAUUAAUAAAGAUUAUAUGCAAAUUUA